GGAACUAUCGCUCGAUGAUGAUGACCACCCAACCAACGUCUUUUUUCCUGAGAUCAUACCUCUUCUGCAAGCAAAGGAUGAGACUGGGAAAUCACCGUGGUCCAGCGUUGAAAUGGACAAGUCUCAUGGUAAGUCUGAAGGAGGCAACGUGGCACUCUUUCCUCGACCUUCGGAUGCUCAAGAAGACGCUUCUACAAGGGCCGACUAUCCAGUUUUUGGAGAUCUGAAGUGGAAGUCGUCCGCGGAGGAGGAUACACCUUCAAUCAUGUCGCUCGUGGCCCGCUUAGAAACUUCAUCAAAAAAAGAAAGUAUCAAACGCGGAGAUUGGAGUCGCAUAUUCCACCUGGACGUACAGGGCCAAAACAAUGGAGACAAGCUGAGAGCUCUGAAACAUGUUGCAGUUCAACUUCAACCCAUCACGGAAGACGGAGGAGAGACUCUCGCAGUACCACCUAGUGGGUCUGAAUCUCCCCACACCGCCUGGGCCGUCGCGACGAACUGCAGAGGUAGACUUCUGAACCUAGUACAAGGGAGCACUUCAUCUCGUUCUCGUCGUCGUGUGGUAGCGGCGCUUCGAGAUGCUUACGUAGCUCUCGACAUGUCUAACAGGAUGACUCCGGAGCGUGCGUGUUGCGUCAAGACCCACAGUGUGCACGUCGCUUUUUCGCGUACUUUCGUGAAGAAGACUGAAACGGGGGAAAGCACAGAGCAGACAAACACAGAGUGGGAGCCUCAUGAUUAUGCUCAUUUUGUUUCCGAAAUGGAGAUGAACGUAUUCGCCAGUCUAAAUUUUGGGCGCUUUCAAGUAGGCAGCUUUUUCAAACAUGCGGCUAAAGCUGUGCAGGAUAUGCACAACCUGGGAUGGACGCACGGUGUAUGGCAAGGAACCUGUGGCAUCCGCCGGAGGAUUAAGUCAGUAGUCUCAAAGUGUGGCUUUUGGAUCUCAGUAUCCACAGCCACUGACACCGUAGUUCUUGUAGGUGUAACUUACUAGUUUGGCAUAUGGUUUUUGCAAUUUGAAUUUGUAGGGCCGCCCCCCUUCUCCUUCCCUCUAUUCCCUCUCUCACGUUGCGACAUCAACCCCGAAAACUUCCUUUUUGCUGAUGCAGCUGCUUCCAGCAAUCAGCACUUGCUCGUGCUCGCAGAUUUUGGUAACGCGCUGCCUGUUGGCCAGCGGCGAGGACGACAGAAUGCUGGAACUAUCGCUUAUUUGGACCCAGGGCUGAUAGAAACGGAGGACGCCUCCGUCGAUGCAGUCGCCGCAGAUUGCUGGUCACUUGGAGCGACGUUCUACACGGUUGCAGUACAUUGCUGGGACAGAGAAGACGGUCGUGCAAGAAGCCCUCAUUCCAAGACUAAAAGGCUGCUCCGCAGAGCUAAAAACUGGCCCCGAGUCAUGAAGUAUGCCCUUAUUCUACCUGACAGGUUGCCUUAUGACUUAUCGCUUAGCAGGCAACAUUGUCUGAGAAUCUGACUGCUCUGUGUUCUUCCGAAUAGCACUGCCCCGAUCCUGGUAAGUACCUAUCGUUAACUACUAUUUUGUCAUUUCUUCAACUCCUACAGAAACUAUCCUGAUAGACGUAUCUCUGUGGUCCUAUUAGGAUGACAACUGACAUAAUUGUCUAGUAGGACAACAUAUCCUAUGUAUUAGUCAUAACAUGACUUCAGACUCUAUCCUGGAGAACCUAAUAGUAGUAUCCUGGUCAAUGUCUUUCUUCAACGACUGACAGAGAUAUUGCAUUUGGAUUUGCAGUGUUUGUGUUGAUUUGUUUCCGCAUGUGAAACGACCUGUCAGGAUGCUCUAACAGCAACCGUUUUACGUGUGGUGGUUUUAUCGCCAAAAAUCACCGGAUCAGGCAUCACAGGAAGGCAACAACGAACAAUUCUUCCCGCCUCCAUUUGAUGAGUUUGCACCUGCUGACGUGCGACAAAUGUGUCUCGCGCGUAACUCUGCGUCGCGUGUUUUUACCUGUCUCAUGGCAGUGCUGGAGACGCACGCUUUUAAUGUAGAUCCGGAAAAACGAAGCUUGGACAAGCUGAAGAAGUCGGCGGAAGCCAUCAGCAACAAGGAGUACACAAAAAGGGCACUACAACUACCUCCACUUGUUCCUGAAGAAGCCGAAGCUGACUCCGAAAGCGAAUCAUCGUCCGAUGCUGAUGACUCCGAAAGCGAAUCAUCGUCCGAUGCUGAUGACUCCGAAAGCGAAUCAUCGUCCGAUGCUGAUGACUUCGAAAGCGACGAAGGGGAGAAACUAUCGCUCGAUGAUGACAGCCACCCAACCAACGUUUUUUUUCCUCGCAUCAUACCUCUUCUGCGAGCAAAGGCGAAUGGCGAGUCACCGUGGUGCCGCAUUGAAGUGGACAAGUCUCAUGGUAAGUCUGAAGGAGGCAACGUGGCACUCUUUCCUCGACCUUCGGAUGCUCAAGAAGACGCUCUUGCAAGUGCAGACUAUCCAGUUUUUGGACAUCUGAAGUUCACGUCCGCGGAGCAGGAGAACACAUCUUCAAUCAUGUCGCUCGUGGCCCGCUUAGAAACUUCUUCAUCAAGAGAAGAAAUUAUCAAACGCGGAGGUUGGAGUCGGAUAUUCAGCCUGAACGUACGGGACCCAAACAAUGGAGACACGCCGAGAGCUCUGAAACAUGUUGCAGUUCGCGUUCAAGGCGAAGAAAACAGUCUUUCAGUACCACCUAGUGGGCCUGAAUCUCCCCACACCUCCUGGGCCGUCGCGACGGAAUGCAG